CUGGAGCCGGGGCGCGCGGGCGCUUUAUUUUGGCGGGGUGGGCGACCACUGGGUUUGGGUUAAAAGCCUGAAGGGGAGAGGUGAAGCAAGGUUCGGGGGCGGCCGGGGCGACCGGGCUGAGAAUGAGAUGAGGAGGAUUAAGAGGAGAAAGGGUUAGAAGCCAGGGAGAGGAGGAGUGAAAAAAGCCAGGCAAGGAGGUAGGAAGGAGGCAAAAGCCAGGGUGGGCGUUGAGGAAGCCGGACCGGGAAUGAGGUUAGGAGACCAGGGCUGGCAAGAGGGAUUCUGAGGUUAGGAGCAAGAUCGGGAGUCUGAAGGGGAAGGCUUUGAGGGGGUGGUAUUGGGGUGAGGGGUCCAGGGGUAAGAGUUGGAAGUGGAAGACAAGGAGGGGCAGAGCUGGGGUAAUAGUUGGGAGUAUGGGAGAGAGAGUGAAUAAGAGCCAGACGUGACAAGGGUGUGAACUAGUGCAGAGCGAGAUGAGCUGAAGGGCUAGGACCCGCGGUGGGGUGGGAAUGACUGGCGCGUUCUGAGAAAGGUAAGGUUAGUCGGUGGGAGAUGGGUGUGAAUUCUGGAAAGCGAGGGGCAGCUAAUCAUACCCUGGACUAGAACCAGGUGGAGUCGGGAAUAAGCCCACUAGAAGGGUGAAAGGAAAGAUGAGAGAUGGGCGUUUAUAGGGCAAUUCCAAAGGAUUAGAAAAACUGAAAGGAGACUAGAGUAAGGGUUUAAGAAGUGAUGGUGAUCCGGGACAGGAUAGCCGAGGAAUUGUGUUGAUUUAAGAGGUUCAGCAAGAUCCAAGGUAAAAACAAUGCGGUGAAGAGACAGGACUAAAAGCAGACGGUGAGAGCAGUAAGAAAGAGAUGGGCCCCAGGAUUUAAAGAAUAGAAUAGGGAUUAAGGAAAGAGAACCGGGUUAAAGGAAGCUGGGGGAGUGUAGAUGGAUGUACAACUCGGGUAGAUUUCGAUGGGAGGGAAUUGAAUGUAUCUGGACCCGGGAGAUGCUUCAGAAGGUCUGCUAGGGUCAGGGCACAAAUUCUGUGGUGAAGGAUCCAGUGUAGGGGCCUUGGGUGCAGAAGAGGAGAAACCAUGCAACUGUUCAAGAGUCUUUGGAUGGGAAGAGACCCUGAAAGGACCUCUAGUUUAUCCUGCAACUUCAGUCAAUAUCCCACUUAAAUCAUCCCAGGUAUUUCCUUUGCCUUCCUAUGUUGAAAAUGGUACCACCCCCAAUCCCAAUGUUUCCUGGACCUCAUAUCUUCCUCCUUUGUCAUUUCUACUUAAUUUUGUGGAGCCACCUCUUCUAGAAGCUCUGGAGGAAACCAUGCAUGGGAUGUACAUUGUUUGUAAAUCUGCAGAUUAUUUCCAUCAUAGGUAAUAGAGAAGAGGAAACCUAACCAAUGCCUGUGGAAUAAUAUGGAAGAAGAUGAAAAAACCUUGUUUAAUGGGUUGAGAGGGUGGCGAUUGCUCUAAGACAUGGAUAGAUGCAAACAUGUAGGGCGGUUGCGGCUCGCCCAGGACCACUCCAUCCUGAACCCUCAGAAGUGGUGCUGCCUGGAGUGCGCCACCACCGAGUCUGUAUGGGCUUGCCUCAAGUGUUCCCACGUAGCCUGUGGCCGCUACAUUGAGGACCACGCACUGAAACACUUUGAAGACACUGGACACCCACUAGCCAUGGAAGUCCGGGAUCUCUAUGUGUUCUGCUACUUGUGCAAGGACUACGUGCUCAAUGAUAACCCGGAGGGGGACCUGAAGCUGCUGAGAAGCUCCCUCCUGGCGGUGCGGGGCCAGAAGCAGGACCAGCCAGUGAGACGUGGGCGGACGCUGCGGUCCAUGGCUUCGGGCGAGGACGUGGUCCAGCCGCAGCGUGCUCUUCAGGGACAGCCGCAGAUGCUCACGGCUCUGUGGUACCGGCGCCAGCGCUUGCUGGCCAAGACACUGAGGCUGUGGUUCGAGAAGAGCUCUCGGGGCCGGGCGAAACUGGAGCAGCGGCGGCAGGAGGAGGCUCUGGAGCUCAAGAAGGAAGCGGCACGGCAACGGCGGCGCGAGGUAAAGCGGCGGCUGCUGGAGGAGCUGGCCAGCGCCCCUCCGCGCAAGAGCGCGCGCCUGCUUCUGCACGCGCCCCGCCGCGCGGGCCCUUCCGCCGCGCGCUCCGCCUCCCGCCGGACGCCUAGCGCUUCUGCGCUCAAGCCGCGCCGCCAGCCGGCGGUCGCCCCCGGCGUGACUGGCCUGCGCAACCUGGGCAACACCUGCUACAUGAACUCCAUCCUCCAGGUGCUCAGCCACCUGCAGAAGUUCCGAGAAUGUUUCCUGAACCUUGACCCAUCCACCACAGAACACCUAUUUCCCCAAGCCACGAACGGCAAGGCUCCGCUCUCUGGCAGGCCGGCCAGCAGCUCUGCCACCGAGUUGUCGGCGAGGAGCGACAGAGCCCAGGCAUGCGAGCGGGAAGGCCUCUGCUGGAACGGUGGGGCCUCCAUCAGCAGAAGCCUGGAGCUCAUCCAGAACAAGGAGCCCAGCUCGAAGCACAUUUCCCUUUGCCAUGAACUGCACACCCUCUUCCGAGUCAUGUGGUCCGGGAAGUGGGCACUAGUGUCGCCCUUUGCCAUGCUUCACUCCGUGUGGAGCCUGAUCCCCGCCUUCCGUGGCUACGACCAGCAGGACGCGCAGGAAUUUCUCUGCGAGCUGCUGCACAAAGUACAGCAGGAACUCGAGUCAGAGGGCACCACGCGCCGGAUCCUCAUCCCCUUCUCCCAGAGGAAGCUCACCAAACAGGUCUUAAAAGUGGUUAACACCAUAUUUCACGGUCAGCUGCUCAGUCAGGUCACAUGUAUAUCUUGCAAUUACAAAUCAAAUACUAUUGAACCCUUUUGGGAUCUGUCCCUGGAAUUCCCUGAACGCUAUCAUUGCAUAGAAAAGGGGUUUGUUCCUUUGAAUCAGACAGAGUGCCUGCUUACUGAGAUGCUGGCCAAGUUCACUGAGACAGAGGCCCUGGAAGGGAGAAUCUACGCUUGUGACCAGUGUAACAGCAAACGACGCAAGUCCAACCCCAAACCCCUUGUUCUGAGUGAAGCUAGAAAGCAGUUAAUGAUCUACAGACUACCUCAGGUCCUCCGGCUGCACCUUAAAAGAUUCAGGUGGUCUGGCCGUAACCAUCGAGAGAAGAUUGGGGUCCAUGUCGUCUUUGACCAGGUAUUAACCAUGGAACCUUACUGCUGCAGGGACAUGCUCUCCUCUCUUGACAAAGAGACCUUUGCCUAUGAUCUCUCCGCAGUGGUCAUGCAUCACGGGAAAGGGUUUGGCUCAGGACACUACACAGCCUAUUGCUACAACACAGAGGGAGGUUUUUGGGUCCACUGCAAUGACUCAAAGCUGAAUGUAUGCAGUGUUGAGGAAGUGUGCAAAACCCAGGCCUACAUUCUUUUUUACACUCAAAGAACAGUACAGGGCAAUGCAAGAAUCUCAGAAACACAACUCCGAGCUCAGGUGCAGUCCAACAACAAGGAUGAAGGCAGACCACAGAUAUUCCCUUGACUGAGAGGCAUGGAUAAAGACUGCUUUGAUUUUAAUCCGUUGGUGUCCACACAUCUUUCCCCUCAUAGGAAAUAAGGCUACUGCAGGAACAGAUUACUAGUUUGCCUCACUGGGGCUACAGUGGAAGAUGCCAGGUGAUUCAUGUUCUGUCAUAAUGUUUGUAGUCACUUUCUUUUGAAUGCAUUUAGAAAUCCCCUCCUUUCAUAAAACAAAUCAAAAGGAGUAACUUCUGUGAAGAUUCUUUCACCAGUUGCUUCUGAAUAUAGAGGGAUCUGAGUUGAGGAAAGGAGGAGGUGGGGAUUGAUUAUCCAGCCAGGGGACUUUGGUCCCAUUAGGUGAGUCCCCUACUAACCAGGACCUCUUAGCAGCACCAGAACAUUCCCAAGGUGAGCAACUCUGGACAGAGCACAUGAAGAGGGCUCCUGGGCUGGCAGCUUUUGGAUGGAAUUGGUUCUGACGUGGGAGGUAAAGUCCACAAGGGAAGUAACCUUCAAGAGUUAAAACUCAGAAACUUCCUUUUUCAGGGGAUAGCAGCUGAAGAGUGGAAUGAAACGUGGUAUGUUCACGUGUCAUACCCUCCCCGGCUGCUGCUGCUGCCGUUUAAUCACUCUACACUUCUGGGACUGGCAUGAACACCCCUUCCUUUAAAAAAAGGGACAGUUGACAUGAAGCAAUGGACCAGUACAUGUUCUCUGUUGCAUGCUGAGCCAAGGGGCUCUCCUGGCUAUCCCAGUUCUGUAGCAGUUCUUUGGUUCGGUCUAGGGCAAGUUUAUGGUUCAGUAUAAAUUGGUCUGGAGGUCAGUUGUCUCAGGCUUUCUCGGAAUGCAGUAAGGGCGGGCAGGGCUUAUUUGAAUGACUGCUGCCCUUUCUUACCUUGGUGUAACACAUGGCUUCUUUACCUGCAGAUUCUUUGUUACGCCUGGAGAGUAGAAUAUUGGUGUUUGUAAGGCUUGGGAGCUUUUGCUUUCCCUAGGGUGGGGGAAUUACUUAGGAAUCCACUGUGUGUGUCCAGUUUAUUGCAAUGGCCCUGGCCUGUUUCCUUCUCAUCUGCUACUCCCUAUUGUUGCUUUAGCUACCUAUCCUCAGUCCAUCAGAGAAAAAGUCUCCUUUAUUCCAAUACUAGUAAAAUAUAUUUUUCCUUUUAAAAUUUGGUCAAUUUCCAAAUGAGAUGAGUUUGCCAAACAAAAACUCUCCUUGACAUCAGGCACCAGAAUUUCCCUUCUUAGUCCUUUGCUUAAACUCCCAAUGAAAGUGAAGGCAAACACCUAUGUUUAUUAUUGUGGUGCUUGCGGCAGUGAGCCCCAACCUGUCCCUAUGAAUGCUCAUCUUUUGACUGAGUAUUUCAUAUUGUUUGAAUUCAGGUAGAAAUACAGUUGUCACUUGAAGGGAGUAGAAAUGGAAGGGAGUUUGGGGAGGGGUGGGGCAUGGGAAAAGUGAAGCUAAAGAGUGAGGGUUAUAGCUUUAGCAGUGCUGAUGAGCCACAUUUCCCAAACAGAUCUGUAGCAUUUGCUGUUGAUCUCAAUUUUGAGUUGAACUCUCCUGUAGAACCGAUAACACUGAGCAUGGAGGAAAUUCAGACAGAAAAUGGCUCACCCUGAUAGGAAGGAGUGACUAUAUUUUAAAUUAUACUUGCUUUUUCCAACACUGUGAGGUUUCUGUAACAUUUAGCUUUUAUUUGGAAGCGAUAGCGUAUGGCAUUUUUAUGCUGUUUGGUUUAUAUUGUCUACUGCAGGCUUCUUUGUAUAAGCUUUGCCUGGGUUCACCCUCUCCUGGACACUGUUUUAAAGUGUCCACAGCUGCCAGUGCUGUCAGAGGCUCUGAUGUGAAAGUAUACUCUCAAAGUCCACAUUCCUAAGUUGGCAUGACUGGUGAUGACUUCUUGUGGCAAUAGUAAAGUCCAUUAACAAUAACAACAAAAAAAAAUGAAGGGAGUGAAAAAGUAAAGGAAACUGAAUUGUGCCUCAUCUUGACACCUAUGUUUAUUAUUCUAAUAAUAAGAGAACUUGCAAGAUAGAGAAGAACAGAUAGAGCACCUGCUUCACCCCUCUGGCUGUCCAGAAAUACUGAUUAGUAAACAAAAAUUAAAAGGUCUUCAAUUUUUAUUUAGAAAAUAGCAUACCAAACACUGUAAGGAUUAUUAGGCAGAUUAUUUGUAAAAUAAUGCUUGUUAGCUGAGCACUCACUUAUCAAAUUAAUAAAGUCAUUUAAAAUGAGUUGGAACAGAAACCAACAUCAGAGAUGCCCCUAAGCUACACAAUUAUGAAGGUGCCCAUUGCAGUCACAGACACCUCAGGUACCAGAAGCAGCAGCAGUAGGCACUGUUAAGUUAGUUUUUAAGAUUUUUUUUUUUUUUUUUUUU